AUGGCGACGGCGAUACGGUCAACGACGAAUAUGCAACGCGAUCGAGAGUACACGCGCGACUUGCAGCGUUUCGUUCGCGAGUACAACGACGAAGCUGUAAAGAUCGAGCAUCUCGAGAGCAGCAACAACGGAGCGGCAGCGGACGGCCACGUUCGCCUUGGUGCCAAAGUAGCACGAUUUUUGGACUUGUACGAGGACCGUUUGCAGACGAGCGACCGUAUGUUUCUGAGGCGCGAAACGGUAGCGCGAACUAUGCAGGCGUUCUUGUUGCGUUCGAUGCAAUUGAGCGGAUUUGGCGACCUCGCCAUAUCUAUGAGCGGCGCGCGAAAUCUGGAACGCGACUUGGCCACUGCGCGACGCCGGUUGGAAAAUGCUCGCAACAACGUCGACGUAGGUGACAGCGGCGGCGAUGACGUGGAUCCGCGUACGGAUACACGUGGACUGUAUGAAUACAUUCCGUAUGAAAGUCUCUCAGUUUCUCUCGACGACUUGCCGGGGUACGAGGAACAACAUCGUCUCAUCGUGAAUGCGUACUUUGAUUUUGACAGUAGCGCGUCCAACGCGAAACGCAACGCUCGCGACACCAACAAUUCAAUAGACGGGCGCAAACCUCGUACGAAGGCCGGUGCCAACGUGAUUUUGUACGGUCCUCCGGGUACGGGCAAGACCGCGGCUGCACGCGUGGUCGCACAAACAUUGCGACUCAACUUGGCGUUCGUGGACGCUGAGAAUCUUCUCUCCUCAUAUCGAUCCGAAACGGAAAAGAACUUGCGCAUCCUGUACGAACGUAUGCACGCUUUGGUUCACGUAACCGGCCGCAAUGUUGUUUUGCUCAUGGACGAAGUGGAUGGCUUGGUGAAGAAUCGCAGCGGUAGCAGCGGCGCACCGCCUAUCAGCAGCGGCGAUUACAGCUUGCUCACGCGGUUUCUCACGAUACUAGAGCCCAACGACGGUACGGAUAACUACGGCGUGUUCAGCGUGUUUACAACGAAUCGAUUGCACAAUUUGGACGACGCAUUUCGACAGCGAUGCACCGCUGUCUUUUUCGGAUAUGUCACGAGUCGUACGUCUUUGGUCACUUUGGCCGGUCGCUUUCUGGCGGAUUCGAUGGACAACGUCGAUGAUAUUUCGCACAGCACCGCGGCCAUGGACACGUUCAAAUAUUAA